AUGUCGAAUUACCAAAUAGCUCAAUCUCUUCAACGAUCCCCUUCUGUUUCAAGGCUUAACCAAAUUCAGCAGCAGCAACAACAUCAAGGUCAAUACGGAAACGUUUUGAGGCAACAAGCUGGGUUAUACGGAACGAUGAACUUUGGUGGGUCAGGUUCAGCUCAACAGAGCCAGCAAAAUUUGCAGCAGAACCAGCAGAUGGGUAACCCUAAUAUGUCGAGAGCAGCUUUGGUUGGUCAAACCGGUCACUUGCCAAUGCUCAGCGGUGCAUCUGGAGCAGCUCAGCUCAAUAUUCAACCCCAGUUAUUGGCUGCUUCGCCGAGGCAGAAACCUGGCCUGGUUCAAGGUUCGCAAUUUCAUCCGGGAAGUUCUGGACAACAGUUACAGGGGAUGCAAGCAAUGGGAAUGAUGGGAUCAUUGAAUUUGACUUCGCAAAUGAGAGGCAAUCCUGCUCUCUAUGCUCAACAACGAAUCAACCAGGGGCAGAUGAGACAGCAAUUGUCACAGCAAAACUCUCUUACUUCACCUCAGGUAUGA